AUGUUGUUCAACUGCGCUUCAGCAGUUGCACAGGGGGCAGCGGUGUGGGGUCCCUCAAAGAGCCUUCUGUGGUGGUACGUUACAUCUGUUUCAACAGUUGAAUUUUGGACGCACGUGACCACUGGACGAUAUCCAUUAGAAACCUUGAAUAUUACAAAAGAUUUGUCCUAUUUGCUACAAUGUUGCGAAGUGGCUGAUGUCCAUUCGCAAGCCCUAAGGAUCAACUACGAGCUUAGCCUGAGUGCGACGACAAGCGCCGUGUGGGAGACUGUUUAUCGACAGAAGCGUCUAUAUGUCGCUCUCCAAACAUCGAAUGGCCAUCUCCCAAUGGCUUCCAAACAAGGGUUCGUCACAAUGCUGGAAUUUGCGGAAGAGGAACUUGGCUGUUCAGAGAUCAUCGUCUGCAUUCCGAAAGCGAAUGCAGAAAGAGCGGCGUUGAUGAAAACCUUCAUGUUCCUUGGAUUCUCAGUUUUGCCACCGAGCCACGAGUUCGUCGCACCAUCGACCGACAAAAUCUUCAUGUGCUACUCUUUUGAUUAAAUCAAGAGCACGAGUGUAGAUAGGAGCCAAACGAAGGACCCGUCGAACUUAGAGCCAAUAAUUGUUUGAUCAUAAAAUUGAGGAAUCCUUCAAGUUCGUAAUUAUGACGCCUCCGGGAGGUUAGAACGUAUUCAGAAAUGCGUACUUUCAGAAUCGCCUGUGGGUUGAUGUCCAGCGAGCGUGAUUGUUUCAUUUCUCAGUUUGGUCGAGCGUUUGCUGGUGGGGAGAAUUAAAUGAUAGGGUUCCGAUGGUCCUUUUUCUUUUCUGUAGGCAAUUUGUCGGUCAAUCGAAGCAUUGUAGCUAAUGGGAUUAACUCUCUUGUCAUUUUAACCUCUUUCUGUGUGGUGUUUCAAGUGUUCCUCUUAGUGUCGCACCAGUGGCACAUUCGAUACAAGGCUGCGUCUUUAUGAUGUAACAAUUUAUUCGAGAAUGGAAAUUGGGGAAUGGUUUUUUUUACCGGCGGUGUGUUGUGUUCGGGUUCUCAUGUUGGCGAGCAGGAGGAUUUAUUUUCGCAUAAGGUUUUUUCGUUCAGACAAAAGCGGAUUUCGAUUCAUUUCAUUUUGUAAAGCUUCGUUUCCCUAUUUAAUUGGGAGAUAUUGUCGUUCAAAGUACGUGCAAUCGUGGAAAGCUUCAUUCUCUGUCCGGAAACAUUUUCUUCUGUACUUCGCGCAUUUCCGGACGAUUCGAAUUUUUCGUGGCGGUACUUGAUUUUUCUAUUUCCGAAGUAUUUCGCUUGAGCAUCCCGAGGUUAGCUACUUUAAUUCUCUCACGAAACCCAGUUCAAGGUUGUCUGACUCGACACACGACGAUACUCAUGGUUGAACUUCUAAAAGUAUGAUCUACGUGACUAGUCUACCUUUUCAAGAAGUUAUCCGAGAAAGUGUUGGGCGCUGCGGUCUUUUUUUCCUACUGCAAGUACCGUGCGAAUCAAUGUUGAAAACCGUGAAUAUGUUGACAUUGGGAGAGCAAACCUGUUCGCGUUCUUUUUUGUUCUGUGAAAAUUUUUCAUGUCUGCUUUUCAAUUGCGUUCGUAAACAUGCGAUCUUCAAUGCCGGAUUGAUACUAGAAUAUAUGACGCUAUCGUCUA